UUUGAGUUCGGGAUUAAUUUGAGGAAAUUCCGAAGCCCUUUAAGCACUUUAAGUAGCCCGUAGGAUUUUUGCGAGGUCUACUGAUUAUACUACCAGGUAUGGGGAAGGUUAAGUACAACGCACAGGUAGCAGUGCACCAUAACAGGAUAAUUAAAAGGGUCAUAUGCACCACGCGUACCUGUUGCAUAUAUAAACGACCGCGUGUGGUCAACAAUUAUCAGUUGCCUGUCAACCACUGAAACGCCUAUAUCGCUCUCGUUAUGGCAUCGUACACUUGCACCCAGCUCUUGAACCUCAACGAUAGUUGCAAAAUGUCCACGUCUACAACUUUUACUCUAGACGCAGUCCAUUUUGCACAAAGAGACCUAUUUCUCUUUAUAGAGAGCUUGGAGACUAUAUCCCGCCUUCAGAAAGAGCGUCACGAGCGCCGUCAACGCCACCGGGAACAAAAGCUGCAACAGGCCCGCAUCGCUGUACUGGAGGAUGAACGGUGUAGAAGCCCGACACCAAGUGUUGAGGAGGCCGUCGACGAACCGAUAAUGUACCUUGAAGCCAAGUGCAUUCCCUAUGCAAUAUCCGAUAACCUGCAAAACCAAAAACAGACGGUCGCGGAAUCACCGGAGUACUACACUUGCAAUGAUGAAGCAUACGGAAGCGCAACGCAGUCGCCACGCAGUAGCAUUACCUAUUGCAGCUGUAGUGGCGAAGAGUUGCUUAGCAUAGGUUACGAUUCCACCGAAUCUGGAGUGUACGGGUCCACCUCUCCCCCACCAGUCCGACCACGCUCCCAGGUAAUUACGCAGCCCAAACGUCGUUCCACGCGGUCACGCAUUAUCAACAUGGUACUGAAGCGGGAUUGCUCUAAGACUUCUAUGUUUCCUUGCCAUAGCCAUGACCAUAAAGACAAAGAUGUGUUCACCAAUGUCGCAGUUCAAGAGCAUUAUGAACACUUAAAAAGCAGAUCCCGGCGGGGUAUAGCCUUUCAAAUUGAUUCGCCGGAGGAGAGUUUCCUUAACAAGGCCCUCCGAUAUUUAACGUUGUAAUUUUGCGUAAAAAAAGAUUAAAUUAGUUAGUUCAUAGAAUAAACUCGUUUGUAAAACACUUAUAUGUAUAUUAAAUAAAAAGUACUUUUAUUUUAAA